AUGCCUGAAGCAAGUACAGCCGUGUUUGAGAAAGAUAAUUUCAAUGCUGAAAAGUAUGUGAAAAAUCUAGUGCAGGAUUGUGUGGGUGGCCCGGAACUGCAGCAAACGAAACAGAAAAUUCAAUCACUCAGUGAAACAGUAUCGUCCACACUAAAGAAACAUGUGUACGAAAAUUACAUGCAGUUCAUUGAAACAGCGAAGGAGAUCUCACAUCUCGAGUCGGAAAUGUACCAACUGUCGCACAUAUUAAUCGAACAGCGCAAUUUACUGACCACACUGCGAGAUGAAUCGCUACUGGACGACCAGAAAAACAUUAUCGAAGAACAAAGCCUUGAUCCAAACGUGAAUGAAGAACAGCAAAACCGGAAAGCAAUACAGCUCAUUAAGGAAUCGCUCAUCGGUUACAAAGGGAAUCUCGAUGAUAAGGUUUUCAUCCACGAGGGUGGUCUUAUUGAGCUGGAUUCCAACGACUAUCGGCCGAUUUGUCGUAUUCAUCUGUUUCUGUUCAACGAAGUGCUAGUACUGGCCAAAGUGCGCAAUGAAAAGAAGCUUGAAUUUCAAACGGAGUACGAAACAAAGAAGAUAGCCGUCAUAAACAUUAAGGAUCUGGAUGGUGUGAACAAGAAUGCAAUUAACGUGAUUACCAGCGAUGGAGCGCGUAUGUUCCAAUGCAUUAAUUCUGCUGCCAAACAGGAGUGGAUCGACAAGUUCGAACUGGCUAUUAAAUUCCAUCAGCUAAAGAAACCGAAGAAAGCGCAAGCCCCGCAACCUCCAACAACCCUGAAAUUCGAGGCACCACAAAAAUCUACCGAGAGCGAACUGCUCACACUUAGCCCAACCGCAUCGGAAAUGGGACGCGUCAUUGUAGAAAAUUUGGCUCCCGAGUGGCUCGUGACGGCACCGGAAGAAAUCCAAGCGGAAAUAGCACAGCGACAUUUCGAAGAUUGCUUGGCGCUGCUGCAAAAGUGCGAAGAACAUCUCAUCCAUGACAAUUCCUUCCAUGGAGCAAGCGAAAUAGCAGUGAAGAUAAAAGCACUUAAAGCUUCCCUCGCUUCGGUGCUUAUGCACGAGUUGUCCAACUCGCAGAGCCGUAGUUUGCAGGCAGCGCUGCGCUCUAGCCGCCGGCCACUGAAGUUGCUCGUGGAGAUGGAAAAGUCACGUGAAGCCUGCGGCAUUUUGCUGCGCGUUUGCACAAGUGCUAUUCGAUCCUCGCAGCGACAGGCACGCCGCAACAACCUGGCCGUAUCGGAGCUAUUCUUCUGCGAUGUAGCGCUUGUUGCUAGCGAGUUCCUGCGUGCUUUCAGUACGAAAGCUUCCUGCACGAGUGCGCUCAUCGUUUGGUGCAAUAUGGAGCUGCAAUACUUUGCUUCGCAGCUCAUUAAGCACUAUCUCACGAAAGACACCCAGCUGGAAAUGGUGGCGAAGGUGGUGGAAGGUGUGCGGCAACCUUGCCAAAAGUUGCGCGAAAUAGGGCUGGAUCUUUCCUACCAUAUGGAGGGAUUGUUGCGCAGUACUCUUGGUCAACUGUUGGACGACGCCCGAUACCGGUUGGUGGAUUCAAUCGGCCGUACCGAGGACCCAUGGCAACCGUACAAUCUGCAAACGAAAACUGGUCUUCGCGCGCUGCUGAAGGAGUUCGACGUGUUGGGGAUUGACUUUCGCGCGUACGUGACUGGUGACACGUGGAUUAAUCUUACGCAAGCGACGGUGAACUUCUGUCGGCAUCUGCUCCAAACGACGGAAAGCUGUGCUUAUCUAGCGAAGUACGAUUCGCUGCAGCGAGAUGCAGAGAUGCUCAUUCGUGAGCUGUUUCUUUCACAGCAUUCUAAUAAACCUCCCAACUCGCUGAAUGCUGACAUGAACUUUGUGGCGAAAAACAAAACAUACAUGGCAGAAGUAUUGUUGCCGAUUGCGAUGAAACGAUUUGAACGAAUUGCUGACAAAAAACCGGAUUUGCUACUGGAGUUACACACGCAGCUGCGUACGGUUCCGCCAAAACCAAAGCCCCGUAGCGUGUAUCAAACCGAUGUACUCUAA